CCGCCUCCCCCUCCGCCUCCUCCACCGCCUCCAACUCCACCUCCCCCACCACCUCCACCAACUCCCCGUCUUACAGGUAGACGUCCCAGACGGAUUACAGAUGGUUUACCAACCAAGGAGGAGAUGAAAAUGCAAUAUAAUCAAAAUCUACUUGAAGGAUAUUAUAGGAUGAUACAGACUACCAACCGUGUCCAAUACCCCACACCUUGCACUCCUUUAAAUCAAUAUUAUACGACAGGAAAUGGGAAAAUUACUUUGAUGCUGAAUUGCACUAUUGGUAACCAAACGAACAUCAUAGUUCCUUUACCAACCAAUGGAACAUAUCCAACCAUCCCAAAGAGCAUUGCUGGACAUGGGCAGAUGCCAGUCCUCAAUCCGUGUGUCUAUCCAUUUCCAAAACACAUAGCUCCAGAUAGUCUCACAAAUCCAAAUAAAGGAUAUCCGUGUCAUAUCCAAAGUCCAUGGUAUCCACCAUGGAAACCCAUUGAUGGACCACUUUUGAUUGCGCCAAACCAAGUUCCAGCAUUGCCAUUAUUUUCCCCAUAUCAACUUACAGGACAUCCCGCACCGCCAGUUUGGGGUCCACCUGGAAAUCUGUUUCCCCAAGUUUCAAAAUGGCCUGUCACAGAAGUGAAAGAUCUAAUUCCACCUGGAAGUCUGUUUCUCUUACCCUCACUUCAUGGAUUGCCUGCACCAUCAGGAUCACUUCCAGGAGGACCUGCACUUCCAGUUUGGAAUCCACCUAGAACUAUCGCUUCCCCACCUUCAAAUUCAGGAUGGCCUCCACCCCCUUUAUCAGUGAUACCCCCAAAUCCACUUCCAGGACAACCUAAACCUCCAGAUUGGCUUACACUUGGAACUUUUCCUGCCCCACCUUCAAUUGCAGGAUUGCCUGCACCUCCAGGAUUAGUGAUACCUACCAAUCCACUUCCAGGACAACCUGAUCCUCCAGAUUGGCUUACACUUGGAACUCUUCCUGCCCCACCUUCAGUUCCAGGAUUGCCUGCACCUCCAGGAUUAGUGAUACCUUCCAAUCCACUUCCAGGACAACCUGAUCCUCCAGAUUGGCUUACACUUGGAACUCUUCCUGCCCCAUUUUCAGUUCCAGGAUUACCAGCACCUCCAGGAUCAGUGAAACAGCCGAAUUCAUCUCCAGGACAGCCAGAACCUCUAGUUUGGCAUCCAUCUGGAAGUCUUUAUCUUCCGGAAACGCCAGAAUCAGAGAUACCCCCAAAUCCACAUCCAGGACAACCUUAUCCUUCAGUUUGGCAUCCACCUGGAAUUCUUCCUUCCCCACCUUCAGUUCCAGGAUUGCCAGCACGACCAGGUCCAAUGAUACCCCCAAAUCUACUUCCAGAACUACCCGCACCAACUGGAUCAGGAUUGCGCCCACCCGGAAUUAAAAAUUCCAUACCAUCAGUGCCACAUAACCACGGCAAUAUAAAUGAAUUUUCUUCAGUGCUUAAAGAAAUGGAAGACAUACUUCUGCGAAUUGAAACUUACCAAAAAUCCUUUGGGAUUUCUCAGCAGUCAUGUAACGAAAGCUUUCUUCAACUACAAGGUGAAGGAGUUGGCUCUAAUUUUCAGACUAAUGGCUCUUUACUACUGCAAAAUGCACAAAAGUACUUCAAGUUAUUAAAGCAAAUUUUUGAAGCUAGCUGUAGAGCCGGUUUAAAUAAUAAUGGCAAUAGUAUGGAAUCGUCAUAUUAUCGAACUGGACAUUUUGCUUAUAUACCUGUGCAAUGUACCCCACCUGCUCCUGCCUAUUCAACAUGUCUACAAUAUGUAUGGUACCCUUAUCCAUACCCGGUGUAUUGGGGUACACCCGAAGUACAACCACCAGUUGGAUAUCCAGGACCGCCAAUUCCCUUUCCAGAAGUACCUGAACAAACAGAAUGGAGUCCACCUCAAGGACCAACAUAUGGCCCACCAGUUGGAAAUCCACCAGGACCACCAAUUUCCCCUCCAGGAGUACCACCACCAGCACCAACAUGCUGGAGUCCACCUCAAGGUCCAACAUAUGGCCCACCACCACCAGCACCAUGCUGGAGUCCACCUCAAGGACCAACACAAGGCCCACCAGCACCAGUUGUAUAUCCACCAGGACCGCCAAUAUCCCCUCCAGGAGUACCACCACCACCACAAAUAGUAUGGAGUCCACCUCAAGGACCAACACAAGGCCCACCAGCACCAGUUGUAUAUCCACCAGGACCGCCAAUAUCCCCUCCAGGAGUACCACCACCACCACAAAUAGUAUGGAGUCCACCUCAAGGACCAACACAAGGCCCACCAGCACCAGUUGUAUAUCCACCAGGACCGCCAAUAUCCCCUCCAGGAGUACUACCACCAGCACCAACAGAAUGGAGACCACCUCAAGGACCACAACCAGUUGGGAAUCCUUCAAAAGAAGGGUGGAAUCCCACUGGCUUUCUGAAUCUUAAUAUAAAUAUAGUACAACUUAAUAAGAACGAAAGUAAGGGAUCCAAGUAAAAAAUCGAAAGAUUAAGUAAAGCCCUAUAUCCUAUAAUACUAAGAAAAAACCAUUAAAAUGUUUGUAACAAUAA